AGCGGAAGCAGCUUGUGCUAACAGCUACUAGCUUGUACAUGCUAAUCAUUACGAUUCACUUGGCGAUUUUUCUCGGCAUAACAGAGAAAUUACCCGAUAGAGGCGCAGAUUGGAGGUCUGAUGCAACAUGGAGAAGGAAAACGGGACGGUGGCGGUUAGAAGCACGGAGCAGAGGAAGCUUCGCUCCCGUGAUGCGGCCCGAUGUCGGCGCAGUCAGGAAACGGAGGUGUUUUACGAGCUCGCCCGCACGCUGCCGCUGCCGCGCCGAGUCUGCACACACCUGGACAAAGCCGGCAUCAUGAGGGUGACGCUCAGCUUCCUGAGGAUGCAGCAGCUCCUGAAACCCGAGGAGGAGGAGGAGGAGGAUCCGAUGGAUUCCUUCUAUCCCGAGGCGCUGGCCGGCUUCAUCAUGGUGAUGACAGAGGAGGGAGACAUGAUCUUCCUGACAGAGAACGUCAACAAACACAUCGGCAUCACACAGCUGGAGCUGCUGGGUCAGAACAUUUACGACUUUGUUCAUCCCUGUGAUCAGGAGGAGCUCCGAGAUCUGCUGACUCCACGUCCAGGUCUGAGUAAGAAGCUGCAGGCAGAGCAGCGCAGCGAGAGGAACUUCUUCCUGAGGAUGAAGAGCACGCUGACCAGCAGGGGGCGAACCGUCAACAUAAAGUCUGCUACCUGGAAGGUGCUCCACUGCACAGGUCGCAUCCGUCCGUUUGGCGGCUCGGCAGCGCCUCCUGCAGCCAGGGUGAUGACGCUGCUGUGUGAGCCCAUUCCUCACCCCUCCAGCGUGGAGUGUCCUCUGGACUCGUGCACGUUCCUCACCCGCCACAGCAUGGACCUGCGCUUCACGCACUGCGAGGGGCGGGUUACGGAGUUGGUAGGAUACCAGCCCGAGGAUCUGAUUGGCCGCUCCGCCUACGAGUUCCACCACGCGCUGGACGCAGAGCACAUCAAGAAGAGUCUGCAUACACUGCUGUCCAAAGGUCAGGUGAACACCAGCCACUACCGCUUCCUGUCCAACGGCGGCGGCUUCGUUUGGGCCGAGACUCAGGCCACCGUCCUCUACAACAGCAAAACCUCGCAGCCGGAAGCCGUCGUCUGCCUCAACUUCAUCCUCAGCGCUGUGGAGCAGCGGGACGUGCUUUUCUCCACGGAGCAGAUGCGCUGCAGCCGCCUGGUUAAGGCCGAGCCCCCCUCCCCUGACAGCGGGAAUUCUGACUCCUUUGAGUCCGACUCGGAGCUCGGUGCCGGUCCCGGUGAAGCUCAGGACCUGGACCCCAGCAGCGUUGAAAAGCUCCUCCUGAAGGAGAAGCCAGUGGAACUCCUGCAGCUGGAUCCCGAAGCAGGAGGCGCCGUUGUUGCACUGACAGAAGGUCCGGUCGAGCUGUCGUUCGCCAGUCCAUCGGCGUUCCCGGAGGAUCCUAAAGAUCUGUGCAGCCCCCAGCUGAGGAAGCUCCUCUCGCCCAUCUUUGACUCCAUCGAGCGUUCCUCGUCACCUUCUUCCUCUCCUGGAGCGGCACUGAGCCCCUGUGGGGAGGAGCUGAUGGACACCAGCGAGGUCGAGAAGUUCUUCACGUUUUGUCCUGAAGAAGUCCAGAAGAAACCAGAAACUCUGGAGGACACGGAGGCGGUGGACCUGGAGAUGCUGGCGCCGUACAUUUCCAUGGACGACGACUUCCAGCUGACGUUCCUCAGCUCUCUGCCCGAAGAGGCGGACCAACCAUCGUCGUUUUCGCUGAAGGGUUCUGACGUGAUGCCCGCGGUCGGCAGGAAGAGGAGUCACGACUCGGACGAGGAGCUGCUGCCUCAGCUGAUGCUUCAGGACAAGAGGCAGAAACAAGAGCCGCCUUCCAUGGAGGAGGAGCUUCUUCUGAGCCACAGGCUGCUGGAAUCUCUGGAAGAAACCGAGUCGGACCCGAUUCUGGACCUGGGCUCCGAGGCACGCCGGCAGCUGCUGACAGACAGAGACCCGGUUCUGGGCGGCGUCCAGGAGCUCCGCGACGCUGCAGCUCUGAUGAGGAACAUCUUUGUGCCGUGCCCCUCUGACCUUUCACCCCCCCUCUCACCUUUGAACUGAAGCGGCUCCACGACCUUUAGAUCUGUCCACAACCAAAACGCUCACGCACUCAAACAAGCUACAAACCUGUACGCACAAAACUUCCACAUCGGCCCGGCGGCGAGGUGCGAGCCGGCGCCGCUGCAGGGCGGACGGGAAUGAUUCAGUCUCUCCGAACGGAGCGCCGGCGCCGCUCCUGUCAGCUUCAGUCACAACUCUGUUUUCUUUCCUGAAACCGGCAGCUGGUGCUCAUCGUUAUUCUUUGUGUACGUCUGAUCCAAUCUGAACUCAGAGCAGCUAAAUCACCGGAUGCACCAACGACUGUGGCGGCCAUGAUGGUUUCCUGUCCUGCGAGUAUCAGUGGCACGACUUUUUCUAACAUUUUUACUGUUCCUCACUUGUAAUAUUUAUAUGUCUGCUAUUAUUUCAGAUCUACCGGCACUUUUAUGAGCUAAUGGAUGUGCCAGGUGGGCGGAGCUUAUGUAACACUCCCUGAUAUCUCAGAUCAGUAAUUGCUAUACUGAAGCCAUGAUUAGUUGAAUCGUAGUGUGAGCAUCUUAAUGCUCCUUAGAGAUGUGAAUAAACUAGUAAUUCAUCUUUUUUAUCCUUGAAAGACUCGUAACCAAUCAUACCUCAGCCUGGAGAAGUGAAAUGAGCCGUUUCCAUAAACCGUCGAAACCCACAACAUCAGGUUGUUCAUGUCACUCUCGCUCUGUGCCUUCUCAUCACGCAGCGGAAACUCGACUGUUACCGUCUCACUCAAACUCUUAAUUCCUUCUUUUCUUUCAAAAGGAUGAAUUCUGUUAUUUUAUUGUAUUCGUGUUUUCUGUAUGUACUUCAAAUUAAUAAAGUUAGUAAAAUCAAA